AUGGCCCCUGUCAGCGUGAACCUGAGGACCACCAUCCUCUGCCUCUUGGUCUGGGCUCAUCUGGCCACCAGUGACCGUGUGUACAUCCACCCUUUCUACCUCAUCACCUACAAUGAGAGCAGCUGUGAGGAGCUAGGGAAAGCCCAGGAGGAGGAACGACCAGACCCGACCUUUACUCCUGUUCCGAUUCAGGCCAAGAUGGCCCCUCUGGAUGAGGAGGCCCUGAGGGCCCAGCUGGCUUCUGCAGUUGAGAAACUAGAGGAGGAUGACAGGUUGAGGGCCCUGAGAGUUGGAACGCUCAUCAACUUGAAAGGCCUCCACGUGUACACACUGCUGAGCAAACACACGACCCAUAUAUUCUCCCCAGUGGCUCUCUUUGGCACCCUGGCCUCUUUCUACCUGGGGGCCUUGGACCCCACAGCCAGCAAAUUACAGACAUUCCUAGGUGUUCCCGUAGUAACUCAGAACUGCACCUCCCGACUUGACGGCCAGAAGGUCCUUUCUGCCCUGCAGACUAUCCAGGGCUUUCUUGUUGCCCAGGGAGGGGGGCCCAGGGACACCCAGCUGCUUCUGUCCACGGUUGUGGGCCUCUUCACAGCCCCCGGCCUGCGACUGAAGCAGCCAUUCGUGCAGGGCUUGGCGCCCUUUGCCCCUGUGACCCUUCCCCGCUCCCUAGACUUGUCCACAAACCCGGAUCUCGCCGCUGAGAAGAUCAAGAGGUUCAUCCAGGCUGUGACUGGGUGGAAACUGAGCCUACCUCUGGCAGGGGCCAAUCCAGACAGCACCCUGCUUUUCAGCACCUUCAUCCACCUCCAAGGGAUAAUAAAGGGAUUCUCCCUGCUGGCGGAGCCCCAGGAGUUCUGGGUGGACAACACCACAGUGUCCGUGCCCAUGCUCUCAGGAACUGGCACCUUCCAGCACUGGACCGACACCAGCAACAACUUCUCGGUGACUCGCGUACCCUUCAAUGACAAUGUCUGCCUGCUGCUGAUCCAGCCCCAGCAUGCCUCAGACCUGAGCAAGGUGGAGGCCUAUACUCUCCAGGUCGACUUCCUAACCCGCAAGAAGAAUCUGGCUCCUCGGACUGUACACCUGACUAUGCCGCAGCUGGUGCUGGAGGACGCCUAUGACCUGCAAGAGCUGCUCACUCAGGCCAAACUGCCCACCCUGCUGGGCCCGGAAGCGCACUUGGGCAAAAUUAGCGACACCCAUCUCCGAGUUGGAAAGGUGCUGAACAGCGUCCUCUUUGAACUCAAAGCUGAUGAGGGCAAGCAGCCCCCCGAGUCAGUCCAGCAGCCUGACAUGCCCAAAGCCUUGGAGGUGACCCUCAACAGGCCAUUCCUGUUUGUAGUCUAUGAGCAACAUGCAGCCACUGUCCAUGUCCUGGGCCGGGUGACCAACCCGAAGAGCAGGCCAUGA